GUCCCGGUCAACGUUUCAACGUCAACAGUCGAUGAUACACAUGCAGGGCAUGUACACGAAUAUACGAAGUAGUUGUUUGGGCGUCUUUUUCCCGAAUUUGUCUUCUCUGAACAACUGCAGGAGGAAUGGCGCUGCAUCAUGCCACUCAUUCCCGUUCUCUCAUCUUAGGACACCGCAGAUACUUAGGAGUACGCAGCAAUGUCGCUCAUCCCUCCGGACCCUGUGUCUGGGGUCGAUUCUGGGGAUGAGCCUCAAAUCUGUGCUCCCGAGCACUGCUUUCAUGCCUUCGAUGCAUUAUUCUGUGCUCUCACUUCUAAGAAACCAAUCCCGCCGGUGUUCCCAGACGACAAAUAGUAUGUUCUUUAAUACAUUCAGAGACCUUGACUCUUACUUUGAGCAAAGUCCCCUUUUUGUGACUUGGAACACACGUUCGUCUCGUCAUGGACGAGCACCUCGAUUACGGGGAUGCAUUGGAAACUUUGACCCAUUGCCCCUGCAUAAGGGUUUGGCAGAGUACGCACUCAUCAGUGCUUUCCGCGACACCCGAUUUAAUAAGAUCGAGGAAUGGGAAUUAGAGAGCCUCGAAUGCGGCAUUUCUCUUCUCACAGACUUUGAGGACGCUUCGUCCUACCUAGACUGGAGUAUUGGUGUGCAUGGUAUCUAUAUCACAUUCCCACAUCCUUCAUUGCUUGCCGCGCCGUCAGAUCGCUCAGAAGCCCCCUCUCCUUUGUCCUCAACCACUUCCAUACCCACUCGUUCUUACAUUAAGCAUUCCUACUCCGCGACGUAUCUACCACAGAUCGCACCCGAGCAAGGGUGGGACAAGAUCGAGACCGUCGAUAGCGCCAUUCGUAAGGCGGGUUGGAAUGGUCGCAUCACCGAGGAUAUACGUCGCAGCGUGAAGUUGCGUAGGUAUCAGAGCAGGAAGUGCACUGUUGGGUGGGAAGAAUAUGUACAGUGGAGAAAGCUCAAUGGGGGCAGGAUCUAGAUUUGCCUACUGUCAGAAUGGUGUUCUCCUUCAAACCGCCUGGCAUAGAUCAUCAUCAGGAAUUGUAAUAUUAGGGUGUAAAUGUAUAUAAGAUCGAUAGCAACGCCGCAUCACUCCAAGUCCAAGUCCACGUUC